AUGACAUCCAGCAUGGCUAGGAAGAAGGUGAACCUCGCCUAUAUCACUGAUGAUAAGGCAAGAAAGAUUUCAUACAACAAUAGGAAGAAGAAUAUCAUCAAGAAGGUGAGUGAACUCACCACUCUCUGUGGAAUAGAAGCAUGUGCUAUAAUUUCCAACCCAUUUGAUUCCGAACCAGAGAUUUGGCCAAAUUUGGAGGGAGCCAAUAAGGUGGUUGAGAGGUACCAUAAUACACCUGUGAAAAAUCAAAACAUGACUUUGAACCAGGAGAGCUUCAUGACACAAACGACUUCCAAAGCACAGGACAAGCUAAGCAAGGUGAGUCGACAGAAUCGUGAGAAGGAGCUGAGCAUGUCUGUCUUCAACUGUGUGAAAGAUGGAGCCCUUCCAGAAGGCCUGACAGUGACAGAUAUUAAUGAUAUCGGCAUGCAUAUUGAUAAGAUGUUGAAGGAGGUCAAUGAUGAGAUUGCUAAACGCAAUUGA